AUGGCAAACGGCCCCGGGCUUAGCUGGGGCACCGGGGUCGCCGAAGCACGGCACCCGGAGCUGACCGCCGAUGCCUCAGGGACAACGGCAGGUGGAACGGCCUGCCAGACAGAUAACAACAUACAUAUUUCUGAAAAAUCAGAAUCGGGGCCUGCUGUUGUUUCAACGCUUCGAGGAGCUUCUCCCGGCGGGGUAAUUUUGCGCGCUUGUGGCGUUGACACAGGCUACGGUGGGUCAGCAUCUUUCGAACCUAACGCCAUGAAGGAAAACGGGACUUCCCAUGGAAAGGGUACUGACAGCCCAAGCGGAAGGGAGUUCGAAGGAAGAGCAUUAACAGCAUCGACAGCCCCUUCGGCACCAGCACCCGCGAUAGCGUCCUCGCCGCCUGGCAGUACAUCCCUGGGCCACCAGACCCACCAAAGCCCAGGUCCAUUAGCUAUGGAUCCACUCAUCCCUUCUAAUCUUAGCACCGGAGAACGCAGCGGCGUCAGCAAUGGGUUGCGGCGGGGCGCAGCAGGCAGCAGUGACGCAGGUAGUGGCAGCACCGAGGCCCUUGGCACCCAAGCUCGCAGCUGCAGAAACAGCGCACCGGGGGGCAUUGAUAACAAGUUCAGCGGUGGAGACGGAUCUGGGAUCGUAACUCCAGGGCUGGAGAGGAGUGCUGGCGGCGGUGGAGGCGCCAAGUCUAGCGGAAGCGGCGCCACGGUCCCGGCGGGCGCUGCAGGUGGUGCUGGCGGUGGUGGAGGUGCUGGCGGCUCGUCGUUGUUUUCCUUUGGGCCAACCAGCUCGAUGCUGGAGCACGUGUCGCGCGAGGUGUGUGAGGAGCUCUUCGCGGACAUCACAUGCGCUCUGGAUGCCUCGGCCCAGGCUGCGUUGCUGGGUCCGCCCGGGGUGGAGGCAGGGGCCGCGGUGGAGGCGGCAGUGGAAUGUAGCGGUGGCGGCGGUGACGGCGAUGCUGUGCCCCCCACUGCCUGUGGAGCCGCACACGGCCCCGGGCGCCGGGCUCGUGUGCGGGGCAGGUUGUACUACGAAGUCCUGGCUGUGUACUACGCCUCGCGGGCCGCGGCCGACUCGGCACGUGCGCUGAUGCACCUGUGUCAGCUGCUGUGGGACACACCCUGGGUGGCGCCAAUAUACGCCUUGCUGCUGCACAGGUUCCUUCUGCUGCCUCGGGACACCGCCAUGGCCUCCUCCCCAACCGCCGCCGCGACGGCGGCAACGGCGGCUGGCCUUACCGCUGCUCCGGCCGCAGUCGCGGGUAGUAGCGGCAGCAAGACGUCGUACGGCAUGUCGUACUCGGAUCCACGUGUCAAGCACCUCAAUGUGCUCGCGCACGGCGCAAGGCAGUUGCUGCUCGGCGACGUGCUAUCGGGGUUAUCUAGGUUCCAACCGCUGUGGGCAUUUUUGGCGUUUGAGGUGGCCGGCUUGGCAAUCCAGCCGGUGGCGGCUGAAGGGGCUGGCGGCGGCGGCGGCGGGUCCCCCGCCGCCGCCGACGAAGUUGCCGGCUUUGCGCCGCCGACGGCGGCGUUGCCGCCGGUGACGACGAUCGACGCCGUGCCGGUGACGGCGCGGCCAUGGCUGUUGGCGGUGGCAGCGGCGUUUCUGCCGUACUAUUGCCUGGACGAGCAGGUUUCAGAGCUGGCGCGGCGGUUCCCGCCGCCGGUGCCGCUGGAAGGAGCUGGCUCGAUGUUUCAGACGGGUUUUGGUGCGGCUGCCGGUGGCAGUGGCAGUGGCAGCAUCAACGGGGGCGGCACGGCAGCGUCGUCGUCACUGGCAGGGCUGGAUUUCUUGGUGGUAGAGGUGACGGACGUGCUGGGCCAAAUAAACAGCGAGUCAGCGCCACAAGUACGGCAACAGGGCGUCCAGGCAGCAGCAUCAGCAGUGACAGAAGCAGCAUUGCCACCAGGGCAUGUUGGCGAGGUCGCGGCGGCAGCGGCGGCGGCGGCACCGACUGCACCAAUGGAUGCAGCAGCAGCAGUAGCAGCACAGGCGGGCAGCCGCGGCAGCAAAGGCGCCUCUCGUAAAGCUGUUGCCGGCGCCGCCAAGCAUCGUAGGACGCCGCCGCCGCCACCUCCACCGCUGGCUGGGCUGCCUACCAUUACCAAGCUGCGAUUGCAGAGCGAGCUGUACUCCCUGACUUCUGGCGGCGGUCCCCGCUACGCUCCCCCCGAGGUCCGGCGAGCGGCCUUUUCCGCUCUUGAUGCGCUGUUUCCCGGGGGCAGAUCGCUGCGCUGGUUUGUAAGGUGGGCCUCCCGGACGUUGCAUUUGGAGUGGCUGGAGGGCGACAGCGGCGGCUCCGAUGACCCGUGGGCGAGUCGGGGCUGGCUGGGUUGGAUCUACUGGCCCAUACACUGGUAUACGGCACUGUACGGCAAGAUCCUUCUGGCGACGUUUCAGCUCAUUUACGGCAUCGUCGUGUGGCGCCCGAUGCGGCGUGCUGCGGCGCCAGAGGUGGCGGGCGGCGUGGCCGGCACAGGCAGCGGUGGCGCCAUCACACCCUUCUCCCUACAUGCCGUACUGGCAAGCCAGGGGGGGUUUGUCGUCACUAUCCAGAUGUGA